UCAUGCUGCUGCCAGGUCCAGAGUGUCUCAUGGGUCCCUGUACGGCCUCCCAUUGCUGCUGUCUCCAUCGCCACACUCUGCCAUGUGCCACUUUCAGGUCUCCUCACACUGCUGGUGUGUUCCAUUUUUUGUCAUAGGGUGCUGGCAGAUUACGGGCCUCCCAUUGCUGCUGCCAGGCCCGUAAUCUGCCAUGGGCCCCUGUACCGCCUCCUCAUGCUGCUGCCAGGUCCAGAGUGUCUCAUGGGUCCCUGUACGGCCUCCCAUUGCUGCUGUCUCCAUCGCCACACUCUGCCAUGUGCCACUUUCAGGUCUCCUCACACUGCUGGUGUGUUCCAUUUUUUG